GCUCUCGAUUACGCUUCAUAUAGCUCUUUACUACGUUUAAGGAAUAUUCAUUUAUUCUCUUAUGCUCAUACGCUGAUUAAAUAUAACUACGCCUUUAUUUCUUCAGCUUUAUAUUUGUAUCUUGUAUCAAUCUCGUAUGUAUGCAUCUCGUAAGCCAUAUCCUCUAUGAGUUGUGCCUUUCGUAUCUAUGAUAACUCUUGCCUUUUCGUAUGUAUCUGUUACAUUCUUAUGGUUUAAUUACCCAAGUUUGAGGUUUUCUCUGCUUGACGCAAUAAUGCUCUGAUAUUCGGUCGUGUAGCUGUGGUUGUGGCAAAAUCAUAGUAACGAAGAAGUUAAACGACUAUACCAGCUAUAAUGGCUGUAAUAUCGGUAUAGUUAAUAUAUGGUGCAUCGGCUAUUUGAAGGAUCCGGUCAGGUACACUUUACACAAUUCACGGCUUAGCAAUUGUCUUAUCAAGGACGCUCAUCGUCUGCCGGCACUCUUCGAUUCGAAACUUCCUUUUCGUUUUCUUUCGCUUACUUUUCUUCGAGUUUUUCGAGAUUUCGAAAAUAUUAUAAGCGAUAACGGGACCUACAUCACAGAAGGUUUUACUAACCAGAUAUUGCAAUAAAUUGGAACGCAUUAUACAAGAAAAUGAAGACGCUUUCAAAACGGAAAAUAUUCUAAUUUUCGACCCUAGUACUUCCCAACGCCUGCAAUCUCUCGUUCUGCAAUUACAUUCGACUUCACGACUAGUCCAAGAAACCUUAUGCACCUUCACAGCCUUAGUUGACUCAUUGAUUGAGUCACUAAAUGACGAGCAAGAAGCACAGGCUCACGAACAUAUUGAGAAGGCGCAUACGAUAUUGGAGCAAGCACAACUUGCUGCCAUCGAAAUAGAAGCGAGGCGUUUGAGCGCUCGCGAUCACGCACAACUAUCUAUGGCAACAGGUAGUUCGACUCAACCCACUGGCAGUCAGGUCACAGUGGCAAGACCACAAUUGCCAGCUAUUCCCAUCCCUCCCUUCACGGGAAAAAUUUGGGAGUUUGCGAAUUUUUGGACUUUGUUUUGUGAAAACGUGCAUGAUCAGCCGCUAACUAAUCUACAAGAGUUCAAUUACUUCUUGAACGCACUGCAAGGCGAAGCAAGGGAAAGUAUAAGGCGAUACCCCGUCACAGACGAAAACUAUGAGCAUGCCAUAACCUUUUUGAAAACGAAAUAUGGAAAUGAAUCAAAAAUCAUAGCCAACCUCCAGUCCCGCCUAGAGCAGGCAAGAGCCGAAAAUAAUAGGAUCUCGGCACAACGCCGACUUCUAGAAUUCGUAAUG